CUAAUUGAGAGAGUAACAUGAGGUGAAUCAGCGAGUCAAAUCCGAACCCGAGUUCCAUCAACACGACAGUGGAGGAAAAGUGAAUGAGAUUAACAGCGGCUCUCGACCACCCUUUCCCCACAGCCACCCGCAUCUCAGAAACAACGGACGGCAACCCUGGCGCGCGGUGGGCUCUGCCAGAGUAGGAAAAACACUGCGGGUUGCUGCGGAGGCUGAGAAGGCAGAAUGAGAAUCUCUAGAGACACCCUGAAAACGGCUCCUUUACUCGUCCACGUCGCGAAAGAAGCGAGUUGACGAAGCUCAUGGCGGCAACCACCGAUGCGCGUGGCCGAUGCGCCCGGACAACGGCUGCAGUUGUUCUCGCCCUGCUCGUGUGCCAAAAUGCAGCCAGCAUAUUGCUGCAACAUAGAUUGCAGACCCGCCCGGAAGAUGAUUCUGUACGAUACGAACCGCUGAGUGCCAUCAUUCUGUCCGAGAGUCUAAAGCUGUUUGUUUCCCUAGCCGGCGCCGCCUUGGCCUUUCUCAGGCACACGGCCGCCGGCACCUCUCAGUCGUCCUCCAGCUUCCUGGCUUAUGUCCGGGGUGGCCAUGACAGCUCCGCCAUCCCGGCUUUCCUCUACACGUUAUCGGCCACGAGCCAGAGUCUGGGCGCAUACCAUCUUGACAUUAUACCCUACCUGAUGCUUUCGCAAGUCAAACUUAUCUUGACUCCUAUCUUCAGCAAGGCCCUUCUGAAGCAGACGCUGAAACCGCAUCAAUGGAUGUGCCUGGCCGCCAUGGCAACGGGUAUGGUGUUGGUGCAGGUCGCUUCAGCAGCACGAUCAUUCCACUCUGACGGUCCACGCGUCGCCCAAGAUGGCAAGGAUGUCCUCUUUGGCGCCGUCGCCAUGUUGGUCGCUGGCUGUUGCGGCGCCUUCGCCGGUGUUUACAUGGAGGCUGUCCUGAAGGCGUCGGAACAUGGCUUCAUGGUCCGCAACGCUCAGCUGGCCGCUUACGGUUGCUUUUGUGCCAUCGGCGGCUUCUUGUGGCAAUCUGACUUCAGACCGGAAGGCUUCUUCCGCGGCUAUACCGCCUUGGUCUGGGUUUUGAUCUCUCUACAAGCCACGGGAGGGUUCCUGGUAUCGUGGGCAGUCCGCAUAGCCAGCACUAUUGCCAAGAACUACGCGCAAAGCCUCGGCUUUUUAGCAGCAUCCACGAUCCCGAUGCUUUCAUCGUCAUACACGUUGAGUUCCGAGCUGUACUUUGGCAUCGCGCUAGUUCUGGGAGGUGUGUUUGGUUCUUUGUGGAAGAACGAGGUGCAAGUCAGCGGGGCAAAAGUUGGGGACGAAAGCGACAGGAAACCUAGAAACGAAUCAAUAGUCUAAUAA